GCCAGGGCUGUGCUCAGCAUCUUAUGUGCUCCCGCUCCCAGGAGGGUGUCACCUGCUGCAUGCCUCCAUCACAAUGCCCCUGCCUCCCACCAUUAGUUGUCAGCUAGAGCUGAUGGGAGUCCUGACCGCGGGUCAGAACCCGUCCUCCCUCUCUCCUCCACCACCUCCACCGGAAGCCCUGACCUAAUUCCCCUCCUGGCCAGUCUUCCACGCCAGCUUCAUGCUUGCAACAGGCAGGAGUGACAUGAGAGCCAAGAUGCGCUCCUCGGCCUCGGAUGCAGAGUUUGACGCUGUGGUUGGAUAUUUAGAAGACAUUAUCAUGGAUGAUGAGUUCCAGCUGUUACAGAGGAACUUCAUGGACAAGUACUACCAGGAGUUUGAGGACACUGAGGAGAAUAAACUCUCCUACACGCCAAUUUUUAACGAAUAUAUUUCGCUGGUGGAAAAGUACAUCGAAGAACAACUGCUGGAGCGGAUCCCUGGGUUUAACAUGGCGGCUUUCACGACCACCUUACAGCACCAUAAAGAUGAGGUAGCUGGUGACAUCUUCGACAUGCUGCUCACAUUUACAGAUUUUUUGGCUUUUAAGGAAAUGUUUCUGGACUACAGAGCGGAAAAAGAAGGCCGGGGACUGGACUUAAGCAGUGGUUUAGUGGUGACUUCGUUGUGCAAAGCAGCUUCUCUGCCAGCGUCCCAGAAUGACCUGCGGCACUAGGUCCCACCUCCACCCCAGUGAAUGGGCUCGUUCUGGACGUCACCGGCCCACAGGCUCCAAGCAGCUCCAGGCCAUGGCCACAGAAUACAUCUUGGAAAGACUGGCUCUGUUCUGCUGCUCUUCAUUCGGGUUCAGUAUUGAUGGGUCGGUACCAUGCCUGACCCCUCCGGAUCUGCUUCUUCCUGCCCCCUCCUGCAUUCAGGGGUCCUCAAAGCCCUCUCAAGCAGAACCUUUCUCUGGAGCUUCCUAGUCAGACCCUCUGGAGCAACCUCAUGGCCAGCAUUCUACUUGGGGCCAUCCCCCCACCAACCCAGCAGGUGUGUCUGUGGCAGUCAUGUGGAAUAACCUCCCUCAUGACCCUGUGUCCCAGCAGGCUUUGCAGGAAGCUUCCUAUGUCCUCGGCAGCUCUUUUCCACACAGGCAGUAGGUUCAGUCCUUUAACCUAACAGAGUGUUUUGUCGCGGGCAAUACUCCAGCUGCCUGCCCAUCGCAAGGCUCCUAAGGCCAAGGAUCCCAGCUUUGCCUGGAUGUAGCAAUCACCUCAAACUCAGCUUAAAAGCCACAUGUGAGAAUCAAGCCCCUGGCUGACGUUUGUAGUCCUAGCAUUUUGUCUUUUGCUGGUCCUGAUGUCGUCUUACUGUUUCUAGAAGUCUCUUCUAAGCAUUGUUCUUAAAAUUAUCUAUUUUUCUAGAUGGACACUCAGGCUCACCUAGUGGAAUGAUUUUAGAGCUUCCAGGAUUAGCCAAGUGAAGGUCCAAGUGUUCCAUGCCGCGUCCUCGCUGCGUGUCAGUGCUGUGGUGGUACGGCUGCCUUCCGUGCUGCCAUUCCCACCUGACUGGGCCCCAGGGAGUGCUGGAGGCAGGCUAGAGGCUGCCCUGUUCAGUGUUUGCGCAUGAGUACGUCAGGGCCCUCUGGGUAAGCCAAUGUGCUGUUUUCCAAUGGCAUAGGGCACCGCUAACUUCUUGUCAUCUGCCAAUAUGAUGUCCCCAAGUCAAGCUCACGAGUAGGGUUAGGAAGCAGCUUAACCACUGCUCUGUCCACUUUGGUUUUAUACGCAGUGUUUGGUUGAAUAUCACUAACCUGAAAGUGUGUCUUAAUCCUUUGGGGAAAAAAAAAAGCAGCAAUGUACUAAUUCAGUUCUAGUGAAUACUCCCCCUUUUUUAAGUAAAAGAAUCUGUACUGACUUUGAACUUGGCUGUUCUGGUCUCAUGGGAUGUGCUAUGAGCUGUGUUUUUCUGUCCCACAAUGUCACUGCUCUGGUUCCUGAGUAAAUUAUGAGGUGUUUUGCAAGAAGCA